AUGACAGAGCCUGCCUCUGCCUCCACACCGGCCCCCGCGUCCCCUCCUGCAUCGGGAGGCGCGGCCUCACACUCUCUUUCGACGCUGCCCCCGCUCUUGUCGCGCCUCUCGUUACCACGGGCCGCACCGGCGUCCCUGAGUGCCGUCAAUGCCGUCAGUGUGCCAGGCAACAGCAGCGGCGCGCCGGCGACAUCGGCCGUCGCUUCGCUGGCGACACGGGAUGAGUCGAUGUUGCGCGUCGUGAGGCGCGCAGAUAGUGUCUCGACCACGACCGCUCCUUCGUCGUCGACAGCGACACCGUCUACCACGUCGACUGCAACAGUCUCUGCUGCGUCGCCUAAUGCGGCGCCACCGUCGUCUGUGUCGUCCGUGUCGCCCGUCGCUGGAGGCCCUUUCGGCCCUCUCGUUGCAGGACCAGCAGCGCCCCUGCUUCCACCAGCAACGGGCGCCGCACUCGCAGAGCCCCUGGCCCACCAAUUUCCCCCCACGAGUCGCCAAGGUACUGGCCCGGCAAGUGUUGCGACUGCACCGGCCGCCCUGACGUCGGCGCCGCGGUCGAUGCAAGCCGCGCCGCCGCCGCCGCCUCCGCCGCCCCUUCAGCGUCUUCAGCCAUCCCUCCCCUCUGCCAGCGCCCAGCGCCAAGUCGCCGAGGCUCGCCAGGCCCUCGACGCCAGCAUUGCCAACCUGCUCGACUCCCAGCUCCAGAGCCGCGCCGUCCUCAUGCACAAUAACAUGCGCGCCAUCGAGGGCCAGCAGCGCGACCUCGGCAAAGCCGUGCUGGGGCUGCGCAAAGCCAACGACGGGCUGGCGCACCUCGUGCACGAGAUGACGGGGCCACUCAAGGAGAUGGGCGACAUGCAGAACUGGACCGAGAUGCAGUUCCAGGGGCUGUCGGCCAUCGAGGAGACGCUGCGGCUGGUGCGCGAAAAGCGGGAGCGGCGCGAGCGGCGCGAGCGUGCGGCCGUAGAACGAGAAGCACAGCGUGCGGCGCGGCGAGCGGCUCGACAGGAGGCAGGGCCUGAGGCUGGUGAUAACGGCGACGGCGACGUCUACAGCGACGGCGGCAGCAGCGACAGCGGAACGUAUUGGAGCAGCAGCUACUAUAGCGGCAGCAGUCGCAGUCGAAGCCGUAGUGUAAGUCACAGCAGGAGCCGGAGUAGAAGCCGGCAAGCAAGUCCAAGCCGGUCGAAGGCUCUUGACGAAAUGCCUCUGGACAAGAAGGGCAAAGGAAAGGCCAAGAUUGAGGAUAUUGUGGAGAAUGUUCGUGCUCUCCCAUCCUCCAGCAGACGGAAAGAGACUGUGCCCAGAGACGAGCAGCCAAAGACCAGUCCCCUUUUAACAGCAACAACGCAAGACAAGGGAAAAGGCAAGAAUAUGGAAGUGGACGAGGUUGACGACGUGGCCAAUGCUACCACAAAUACGGCAUGCAGCUCACAAAUCCAUGAAGCGGUACCCGAUGCAGAGCCAAAAGAGCCUCCAGCACCACCUGCUAAGUCAGACGAUGGCAACGGCUCGCCGGCUGCUACUGAGAGAAACGAGACGGACUCAACUCAGCACACCCCAGAAAGUGGUGUUCUCAAGACAGAUGAAGCCAGCGUACCGACUGCAGACGGAAGCAAGGAAAGCCAUGUCGAGGCAUCGAACGAAGUACGGUCAAGAGAGGAGCAAAGUCCGGCUGACGAGGCAGCGGCAGACGCCAUCGCCGACGAAACGAAAGACAAGGGCCAGGAACUAGAGGAAGUUGCCGGCCGACCAACACAGAAAACAGAUAUUAUGGAGGUGGGGGGAGACGCUGCAACCGAAGCCAAUGAGGCGCCAACGGACGGUGUCUCUCUUACAGCACCAGACGCGCAAAGUGCCUCAACGGCCGACGCUGCACCAGAAAACACCCGCGUCAACGACAAGCGAUUGGCUGUGGAGAACGCCCCGAGCUUGCCAGAGGAGUCGAACGCGGAGCAAGAUGCACACGAGAAGCAUGUUGAGCAAGAAGAGGACAUACCGAGAGACCAUGAGCAAAGCAUCUCCGCGGUGACGGAGACAGCACAGUUGAAGGUGACCGAAGAGUCGAUGGCAUCUGAGACUUUGUCGGUAACAGACGACGCUACGAUAUGA